GAGAGAGAGAGAGAGUGAAUGAAUGAAUGAAGUUUGGGAAAAGCCUUCGUAGUGAGAUAGCCGAAACCUUGCCUGAAUGGAAAGGCGAAUUUAUAUCGUAUAAGGAGUUGAAGAAGCAACUGAAACUGAUUGCGCACGAGGAGGAAGAGGGCAUGAUCGAUUUUAUACAGUUAUUAGAUAAUGAGCUUGAGAAGGUCAACACAUUUUUCAUUGACAAGGAAGAAGAGUACAUCAUCAGAAUAAGGGAGCUGAAGGAUAGAGUAGCAAACAUGGAAAGCAGUGAAGACAUGACGCGAGUUAAACUGGACAUAUUGGAGUUUCAUGGAGAGAUGGUUUUGCUAUUGCACUACAGUGUCAUCAACUUUGCCGGAUUGUUGAAGAUAGUGAAAAAGCACAACAAGAAGACAGGGACUGUGAUUUGGUUGCCUUUCAUGCCCAAAGUUCUUCAACAGCCAUUCUUCACCAGUGACUUAAUUUGCAAACUCUUGAAGGAGUGUGAAGUGAUGCUCAAUCAACUCUUCCUGUAAAGACUGCUCUCAUUGUUGUGAAUGAGAACAAUGAGCUCAACACCUUGCUUUCCACCACAAGAAAGAUGGGCUUUUUAUGUUUUUUUUUAUGGAGGAUUCUCUCCCGUCUAAAAUCUAGACUGAAGAGGGCUGUUUAAUCUCCUCGGGUUCAUCAUGGGUUUCAUUUCGAUUAUCGAACCAUGCAUUUUUUUAGAUAUUUCGUGUAUGUUAUA